AUGCGUAAUAUUUUAGUGAUCGUAUUGAUGUGUUCGGCAUGUGGCGCAACAUUUCGACCAUUAUCAUUUGUAGAAGUUAAGGAUGAGACUGAUGAAAAGAAGCAGCCAUUGAAAGAUGACGAGAAGAAAGAUGACGCAAUUGAAGCAGCACAGUCUGCCGAAGACAAAAAAGCGCUGCUUUCGAAAGGAAUACGCACUGCGCAGAGUCUGCAGAAUGGCCUAAAUAUGAACGAGAAAAACAGGCUCGAUGGAAAAGUGAACUCGCUCGGAAGGAAUAUGGAGCAUCGAAAACGGCGCGUUUCAGAGUCCACUGGAUUUCUUACUGUAAAAGUGGGUCCUUCGUACAAAAUGACUCCAUUUAGGAACAGUAGUAGUUCAUUUGAAAAAUUCAAGAUUGAAAAGCUGGAGAAAACGCAAGCAGACGUUUUUGUUGUAGGAUACCUAGGGCGCAAUGUGAAGAAAUGUGCCAGUGUAAGCAGGAGGUGCCUGCUUUUCAUCGUAAUAACAUUUUGA